GGAAACAGGACGAGCCCCGCCCCCGUGAGCAGGAUGGAGCCGGAGGAGGGUUUUAAUGGGCCCCCCUGCGCGGGUGCCCGAGGCCCCUCGGCCGCUGCCAUCAUCGGCGCCGAGGACGAGGACUUCGAGAAUGACAUCGAGCCCACCCCCGAGGAGCAGAACAGCCAAUUCCAGAGCCUGGAGGUGCUGCGGCAGCACCCGCUGUCCCUCAUGGCCUUCCUGCAGCACGUCGUGCUCCAGUUCGACUCCUGCCCCGUGCUCUGCUACCUGCACGUGGACAUGAUGCGGAGGAUGAACCACAAGGAGGGCAGGAAGCAAUUCCUGGAAUUCUGCCACUUGUUCCUGGACAAGACAGGACUCCUGCGAGUGCCCAUCCCACACCACGUCCAGUUUGAACUGGAACGGACCCGCCCGGAGCUGCUGUCAGAGGAGACCCAGCGACGAUUCCUGCAGGACAUCCAGAAUUUCCAGGAGCCAGAGAUUUCCCGGCAGCUGGAAGACUUCAGGUCGAAGCGGUUGAUGGGGAUGACGCCGGGAGAGCAGGAGCUGUCAGAGCUGGAGUGGAGCCGGGCCCGGGAUCCCUCGGGAUGCGAAUCCAAGGAGAAGCAGCUGGCGGAGCAGCUCCUGGCCCGGCUCGAGGAGAUGCACCUCACCAUCUCUUCUGAUGAGGAAAAAAGCUCCGUCAUCUUUGGUGCCAUCGUCACCUACAUGAAGUUCCUGGGGGUGAGAACCAAGGCAGGUGACGCCAAAAAAUCCAAAUCCAACUUCUUCCGUAAAAAGAUUUCUGGGAAGGAGCCCCAGGGAAAGGCCUGGAAGGGGUUCAGCCUCCCCGGGGCUGCUCUUUGGGGUCGUGACACCCACAGUGCUGAGUUCAGGCAAAGCAAAGGCCCCGAGGGCGAAGCCGAAAAGCCCCCCCACCCUGAACGGAGAGGCCCGAGGGGGGCUGAGCGUGUUGAGGGGGGCUCUUCCCGCCCCCCCCGUGGUGGGGGGGGCACAGGUGGGACCCCCGACCCCCCGCUAGGCCUGGCCAUCACCGUGCCACCCCCGGGCGGAGACAGCACCGAGGCUGAAGCAGGGACAGACCCCCCAGGACCCUUGGAAUUGGGGGAACCCCCCCUGGAGCCUCCAUCUGGAGAGCAGCACCCAGUGGAGGAGGGAACCGAGAGUGAGAGGAUUCCCGGGAGAUUGGGGCGCUCUGAGAGCCUCCGGGUGCCCGAGCGACGCCGCUCCCAAAAACUGGGGGGGGGGCGCCAGCUGCCCCCCCGCUCCCGCAGCAACGUCGACCUGCAGGGACCCCCCCCCACCCUGGAGCCGGGGGGGCCCGGAGGGGGGGACCCCCCGCCCUUUCUGCCUCGGCAGCCUGAGGAGGCUGUGGCGCGCCUGGAGCCGGAGCUGGAGCAGGAGCCGCCGGCCUGGCGGGAGCUCGCGGCCCCCGACGCCCUCCUCAGGCUGCCCCAGCGCGAGGUGCGGCGCCAGGAGGUCAUCAACGAGCUGUUCCUGACGGAGCACGCCCACGUGCGGAUGCUGCGCGUGCUGCUGGAGCUCUUCUACCAGCCCAUGCUCCGCGAGGGAUUCUUCGACGAGCAGGAGCUUUCCAACAUCUUCCCGAGCCUCGAGGACCUCGUGGAAGUUCACACCUUGUUCCUUGACAGCCUCAAGAAGCUGCGGGAGGAGAGCGGCUUCAUCAUUGCCGAGAUUGGGGACGUGCUGCUGGCCAGGUUUGAGGGCACCGAGGGCAGUUGGUUCCAGAAGAUCUCAGCACGGUUCUGCAGCCGCCAGAGCUUCGCCCUGGAGCAGCUCAAGGCCAAGCAGAGGAAGGACACCAGGUUCAACCAGUUUAUCCAGGAGGCAGAGAGCCGCCCCCGGUGCCGGCGGCUGCAGCUCAAGGACAUCAUUCCCACGGAGAUGCAGCGACUCACCAAGUACCCCCUGCUGCUGCUCAGCAUCACCAAAUGCACAGAAGCCGCAGCCGAGCGGGCCAAGGUGGAGCAAGCGGCCGAGUGCUGCCGCCAGAUCCUCAACCACGUCAACCAGGAGGUCCGGGACAUGGAGAACCUCAUGAAGCUCAAGGAUUACCAGCGGCGCCUUGACCUCUCCAACCUGAAGCAGAGCACGGAUCCCCUGCUGAGCGAGUUCAAGAACACCGACAUCACCAAGCGCACGCUGGUGCACGAGGGGCCGCUGACCUGGCGCGUCACCCGCGACAAAGCUGUGGAGGUGCAGGUGCUGCUCCUGGACGAUCUGCUGGUGCUGCUGCAGCGGCAGGAGGAGCGGCUGGUGCUGCGCUGCCACAGCCGCACGCUGGCCCCCGCCCCCGACGGGAAGCAGAUGCUGAGCCCGGUCAUCCGCCUGCGCUCGGCCAUGACCAGGGAGGUGGCCACAGACCACAAGGCCUUUUAUGUCAUCAUCAGCUGGGAAAACGGGGCUCAGAUUUAUGAGCUGGUGGCUCAGAGUGUCUCCGACAGGAAAAACUGGUGCAGCAUCAUCAGCGACACCGCGGGGUCCCUCAAACUGCCGGGGUCCCACCGGGCCAAGGCUGCGCGGGCUGGGGGGGCACACAGCCCCCAGGGUCAGCUGGAUUACCGGGACCCCUCUGAAAAUGGGGGGGGGCCCCUGAAGGAGCCGCUGCCCCUGGAUGAGCGGGAGAAAGACGGGGCUGUGGAAGGCACCGAGUUCGGGGGCCCCCCCGAGAAACGCGAGGCCGAGAGCGGGGGGCUGGGGGCGCUCCCCAGACCCCCCCGCGGCCCCGAGGGGGGUGGACUGGCGGACGCCGCCCUGCAGAGAGUGGCGGCGCUGCGGCGGCUGCUGCGGGCGGGGGGCGAGCCCGGCGAGGAGCCCCCGCCCCCCGAGCAGGAUCUGGGGGGGGGUAUGUGA